GGGCUUCAAAACAGAGAUAAAGCCAUUCUCACUUCUCUUUUCUCUUCUCUUCUUUUCUUGAUAUAGAGUGAGAGAAGAUCAUCAAAAGAUCAACACACGAAAACUCUCAAAUCUUUGACAAAUUAACCCACUUCAUCAGAUCUUCAUCUCAUAAACAAUAGAGAAAAAGGUAAGGUUUUUUCUUUUUGGUUUCAAUGAUGAUGAAGAAACGUCAAGUGGUAGUAAAAAGAUCAUCAGAAGGAGGAGGAUCGUCUUCAUCAUCAUCAACAAAUAAUAAUAACAGAAACAUUAGUUCAUCUUCAAGAGUAAGAAGUGUUGUAAGAUAUGGAGAAUGCCAAAAGAAUCAUGCUGCAAAUAUUGGUGGAUAUGCUGUUGAUGGGUGCAGAGAAUUUCUAGCAACUGGUGAGGAAGGCUCUAAUGGUGCUCUCACUUGUGCUGCUUGUGGUUGCCAUAGAAAUUUCCACAGAAGAGAAGUUGAAUCUGAAGUUGUUUGUGAGUAUUCUCCUCCAUAACUUGACAUGCUUCUCUUCUUCUUUUUUUUUUUUUUUUUUUCCUUUUUCAAAUUAUAUUUUCGAUAUAUAUUAUACCCCAAAUUUUAUUUUCUAUUUUAAUUAAAUA